GCCAACUUAUCGUCUGUAAACGAUUUUACACCAGCACUCGGCCUCGAGAAAUGUCAAGAGUCGAUCUUUCGACGAAAACUGUUCGUCUUAGAGAAAACCCCACCAGGUGAAGCUACGUCAGGUGGCAUUCCACAAAUCUUUGGGGAUCUAGAAGAGCAUGCCAAAGAUGUUUGCGAAAAUAUUCAAAUAAAGAUGUAUCGCAAACAUGCAGCCACAGCAAGUGCUACGGAAUUCUGGGAGCUGGAUGGAUGCCCUAACUCAGGGAGCGAGAUAUUAGAAGCGGUCACGGAUGGAGACCUGACAAUAUCUCCUAUCUUCAACGAGGUUGAUCUGAGUCCCGCUUUUCACGACAAGAACAGGAUUAUCAGAACGUUAGACAUGUGUGAGUUUAGUGAAGUAAAGGAGCUCUGGAGGAACGUCCUGAAUGAGGUACCUGAUUUUAAGGAAAGCAAGCGGACGGUAAAGCCGAAGGACGAUCUGAAACACCCUCUAAUUGUUGUCGAAGGAAUGGAUGGAUCAGGGAAAACAACGUUGGUUCAAGGACUAGCAAGUAAGUUGAAAGGCAAGAAUUUCACUUCACCGAUAGAAGUUAUUCGGCCUUUACGGAGUUUCUUCGACAAACAACCGGAGAUAGUGCGCAGAGCCUAUUACUCUCUGGGUAAUUACUUAGCAGCAGAACUUCUGGCAAGAGAGUGCGAGAGAUGUCCUGUAGUUUUAGAUAGACACUGGCACAGCAGUGCAGCAUACGCCAUUGCCAAUGAAGCAAGCAGCGCCGACAUGCCUGCGGCAAAUCACCGUGUUUACCGUUGGCAGGACCUGCCGCAGCCCAGUGUGGUCAUCUUCCUGACCGUGACAGAGGAGGUCAGAGUAGCAAGACUCCACAGACGUGACGGAGAGCAGUCGACGCUUGAAGAAAAGAAUCUCGCCAGAGACCAGGAAUUUCGACACAGAGUAUUGACAGCAUACAAAAGAAUGCGAGAACCUGGAAUUAUUGAGGUAGAUGCUUGCGGAACAAAGGAAGAAGUGGUGGAUAAAGUUAUGUCUGAAUUACGGGCACAUAAGAUCAUCGAAUGAUCAACAUGACUUCCUGUUUGUUCCUGAUUACAUGAAUGAUAUUAAUCAAACCCCAACUGAGGCACCAUUGUCACAGUUUCUUUAUUAUUGUCUUUGGUUGGAGGAAGUAUUAGCUUGUUAUUAGCAAAUCUACUCAAGGCAGCUGCUGGAAAAGGAAGGCUUAUAAUAAAGAAUUAAAUGUGCAAACUAUCAGCCAUUAAGUAGCUGUUUAAACCACAUUAAACGACUUAAGAUCGCAGUUGCGAAAAAAAAAACUGCCUGGAGUUGAAUGGGAGAAGCAUGAGUUAAAAUUUAGCACAUUAAUUUAUUAAUUAACUGACUGAAGGUGUUGCUGGUUGAACUGUCUUCUCCUUGGUCAUGUUACUAGCAUUGUUUUCAGUGAAGGCUUAAGACAUUUCUUUUACUGUAGUUAUUUAUAAUUUUGUGAUGUUUUACAGACGGUCAUGGAUGUAAAUGUUAGUCAUGUUUGUUCAUCAAAUGUUAGCCCUCUGAUCUCUUACAAAUUAUUUGGAUAUGCCUAUUUGCUUUUCAUUUUCUUUUCUAGUCGCGGCAGAGGUAAUUUCUGUGAUCUUUGAAUGCCACAAUAGUUUUUAUUACAUAUUGGUGAAUAGAGAUUACAGUAUUUUAUUUAUUUGCUUUUUAAAUUAUACUUUAUAUAAAUAUUGUGUUAUUAGAUGCUUUUAUCUCUACAUUUGCUUUUUGUUCCAAAUGCUUGCAAUGGAUUAUGAA